CGCGCAGGGUCCAAGGAUGAUACGGUGAUCCCUCGAUUUCGACAUCCGUCCGGCCGAUCGAUUCGACGAGCACAUGGGAAAAUGAUUCCGCUGCGAUUUUCUUCGCUGACCGAGGCGCUUGUCGCUAAAGAUCGUUGUAUCGGUGUCAGUGCAGUCUCUCUCUCUGAAAAGUUUCUGGGAAACAAACGGUUUAAUAACUGCGGACAGUCGCUCGUGUGCGUCGCCUAACUGUUACAUGUCAGAACUGCUUUCUAUAACAAUGUGUUACUUCUGAAUCACGGAAUAAAAAAAAAAAAAAAUUAAAAUUGCAUCACGAGAGACGCGUUGAACUCGAAAUCAGGGAUGACAGCUUAGUUAACGAAGUUGUAAAACGCGUAUAUCCGAGAUAUAUACGAGGUGAACGGGUGAAUGCUACCGUUUCCGAUUGCAAAUACCACUCGCGCGGUUUACCGUCAAGAACGGGAAUCGUAGCAACGCCUGCGUGACGUGUUCGCGAGCACUUUUUUUGGAAUAAUUAACUGGAGCACGGAAAGCCGAGCCGAUAAAAUUCAUCAAUAAAAUCGUUCAACGCAUUGCCGUGCGUGGAAACUCGUUUUCGAACGCGCAUUUUAGCGCGGCACGCACCUGCCGCUGAUUAAAUGACACUUGUGAAACCAAUGCACAUAUUUUCACCGCUCUGAGCGAGAGCCGGGAGGAGGAAGGAGGAUCGUUGAACAUUCGUUCUGUCGACUCGCUUUCGAGCAGUGCGUUGCGAGAGCACUUUCUGAAAACAACAUAAACGAGGUACUUUUCAGAAGAAAAUUCGUAGGGAAAUUCGAGAAACGCGUGCUUCAUUCUUAAUCAAGUACGAUCGAAAUCGCUUUUUAUUUGUUUAAUCCAUACGUCGAAGACUAACAAAGUCACUCUGGAAAAUCACGUUACAAGUUAAAGUCACGAAAAGCAGAUAUGAGAACGAGUCGUCGGUACGUGGUCUAAGAAUAUCGCGGUGUGGAUCGUUGAACCACAGCUUCCUUUCUUCUUUCCACGUGUCGAGGUGCUCGGGAGAAAUAAAUCAGAAACUUUCUCUGACGAGACGCUCGUGUUCGGCAGUACUGCGUAAACGAUGUCGGGGGACACCACGUCCGACGAUGAAGGAUCGCAGGAGGAUCAGCCGCGAUAUGACAUCGACGAUUUGGAAAUCAUCAAGACCAUCGGCACAGGUACUUUCGGCAGAGUGGUUCUCUGCAGGCAUCGCGGGACGCCCCUCGCCCUGAAAAUCCUCUCCAUGGUCGACGUGAUCAGGCUGAAGCAGGUCGAGCAUUUGCGUAAUGAAAUCACGAUCCUAAAGGAAGUUAAGCACCCUUUCAUCGUCAACAUGCUGUGGAGCGGCAGGGACGAAGCGAGGGUGUACAUGCUGCUGGAGUUCGUCGCCGGGGGAGAGCUCUUCUCUUAUUUGAGGGCGGCCGGAAGAUUUGCCGGACCCACGAGCUGUUUCUACGCCGCUGAAAUAAUUUGCGCUCUGGAAUAUCUGCACAGCAAGCAUAUCGUUUACAGGGAUCUCAAACCGGAAAAUCUUCUUCUGGAUAGUCAGGGUCACCUCAAAAUCACCGACUUCGGCUUUUCGAAGAAACUUACAGACAGAACGUGGACCUUGUGUGGCACGCCAGAAUACUUGGCGCCGGAAAUAAUUCAAAGUAAAGGACACAAUAAGGCCGUGGAUUGGUGGGCGUUGGGCGUUUUGAUUUACGAGAUGCUGGCGGGAUAUCCACCAUUCUUCGACGACAACCCCUUUGGGAUCUAUGAGAAGAUAUUGAGCGGUCGAAUAGAAUGGCCGAAGCAUAUGGAUCCCAUCGCGAAAGAUCUGAUCAAGAAAUUACUGAUUGCCGAUAGAACGAAGAGAUUAGGAAACAUGAGACAGGGUGCUGAGGAUGUCAAGAGGCAUCGAUGGUUUAAGCUGGUUGAGUGGCCUCUGGUGCCGCAAAGAGCCUUGACACCCCCGAUAAGGCCUCGUGUGAAAACGCCGAGCGAUGCAAGUUGCUUCGAUGAUUAUCCUGAAACUGAUUGGCGUUCCCAGCCACCAUUGCCACCAGAUCAAUUAGCUCUAUUUCAAGAUUUUUGACAACUAAUGUGACGAUAUAUCGUUAGUCACAAAUAUUUUACACUCAAAUUCAUCAAGGCACUGUGCUAAAUAGAAGAACUCACUCUGUGGUAUAAAAUAACCAUAAUCGCGACUCGGCGAUAUGUUACGUUUAAUAAUAAUUAAUUUUUUAUGCUGUACAUAGGUAAUUUUUUAUAUUUCGUUGCGUAUUACUUAUUUAUUUGUACGUGUUCUAGAUUAGGUAUUCCCUUUCGUUGUUUUUGUGAGAUUCUGUAAAUAAAAAUUGAAUAGCAAGUAGAUACUUUUAAUUUUACAUAUCUAUUUUUAUUUUUAAUUUUUCAUAUUAUUUUUUAAUAGUUGAAGAUCAUAAGAUCUUCUGUGUAAAUAGCUGUACUGUAUUUUAAAUUUGUAAAAGAAUCGAUUUAUACUUUUAACCGCGAUUGUCGGAAAAUAAAUCCGCUUAAGGUACUGCAU